CCUCCACUUUACUUACUUUCUGUCUCCACUUGCUUUGCUUUGCUUCUCUCACGGCUUUUGGUUUUGGCUCCCCUAAAUUUUUACCAGACUCGGACAUUGAGAUAGAGUAAUAUCAUUAUUUGAUAAUGAACGGCUCAGAUCGAACGCCUAAACCUCUAGAACUCAUCUCUCACCAUUCACUUCUUCUUCCUUACAUCUGAUUUACUCUGGCUAUCUGGGAAUAAUGGAGUCCUGUGAUUGCAUUGAUAACCAAUGGCAUCAUGAGGAACUUCUUGUCAAAUAUCAGUAUAUAUCGGAUGUUUUAAUUGCGUUUGCAUACUUCUCGAUACCCAUUGAGCUCAUAUAUUUUGUGCAAAAAUCUGCAUUCUUCCCAUACAGAUGGGUGCUCAUGCAAUUUGGUGCUUUUAUUGUUCUUUGUGGGGCAACCCACUUCAUAAACUUGUGGACCUUCACUAUGCAUUCUAAAGCCGUGGCCGUGGUGAUGACUAUUGCAAAAGUUUCUUGUGCCAUUGUAUCAUGUGCAACUGCUUUGAUGCUUGUUCACAUUAUUCCUGAUCUACUGAGUGUUAAAACUCGAGAAUUACUUCUUAAGAACAAGGCUGAAGAACUUGACAAGGAGAUGGGACUUAUUCUUACACAGGAAGAAACUGGAAGGCAUGUAAGAAUGCUGACUCAUGAAAUCAGAAGCACACUUGACAGGCAUACUAUAUUGAAGACUACUCUUGUUGAGUUGGGUAGGACCUUAGGACUAGAGGAAUGUGCUUUGUGGAUGCCAUCGCGGUCUGAGUUGACUCUGCAACUUUCUCAUACCCUAAACUACCAAAUACAAGUUGGAACUACCGUGCCGAUAAACCAUCCAAUGGUCACUGAAGUCUUCAACAGUGCCCAAGCAAUUUGUAUACCUUAUACCUGUCCAUUGGCUAGGAUCAGACCUCUCGUAGGCAGAUACAAACCACCGGAGGUUGUUGCUGUUCGUGUUCCCCUGUUACAUCUUUCAAAUUUCCAAAUCAACGAUUGGCCUGAUCUCUCUGCAAAAAGUUAUGCAGUCAUGGUUCUGAUUCUCCCUACAGACAGUGCUAGAAAAUGGCGGGACCAUGAGUUGGACCUAGUUGAAGUUGUUGCAGACCAGGUUGCAGUUGCUCUUUCACAUGCUGCUAUACUGGAAGAGUCUAUGAGGGCACGUGAUCAGCUCAUGGAACAGAAUGUUGCCUUGAAAUCAGCUCGUCGAGAGGCAGAAAUGGCAAUUCAUGCUCGCAAUGAUUUCCUCGCUGUCAUGAACCAUGAAAUGAGGACACCAAUGCAUGCAAUCAUUGCAUUGUCUUCACUUGUUUUGGAGACUGAGCUAACUUCAGAACAACGAGCAAUGAUUGAAACAGUACUAAAGAGUAGUAACCUUUUAGCAACACUGACUAAUGAUGUCUUAGAUCUUUCUAGACUUGAAGAUGGCAGCCUGGAGUUAGAAAUUGGGAUGUUCAAUCUUCAUGAAGUUUUCAGAGAGGUUGUUAAUUUGAUAAAGCCUAUUGCAUCCUUGAAGAAGUUGUCUAUGACAUUGAUCAUAAGCCCGGAUUUGCCUGUGUGUGCUGUAGCUGAUGAGAAACGUCUUAUGCAAACUAUUUUAAAUGUAGUAGGUAAUGCUGUCAAGUUCACAAAAGAGGGCUAUGUUUCAAUUAUUGCUUCUGUUGCAAAACCAGAUUCUUUAAGAGACUGGCGACCUCCAGAAUUUUACCCAAUGUCAACUGAUGGCCACUUCUACCUAAGAGUACAGGUGAAGGACUCUGGUUGUGGUGUUUCCCCACAAGAUAUCCCACUCCUCUUUACCAAAUUCACUCAGCCAAGAAAGGGAUCAAGCCGAAAUAAUGGCGGUGCAGGACUUGGACUUGCCAUCUGCAAACGGUUUGUGAGUCUAAUGGGAGGCCAUGUAUGGAUUGAGAGUGAAGGCCUUGAUAAAGGUACCAAUGCGACAUUCAUUGUCAGACUUGGGCUUUGCAGCAAUCCAGGUGACCGUGAUUUGUCUACUCACCAAGUUGCAGCUAGAGGUCGAGCAAACCAUGGAAGUGCAGAUUUCUCUGGACAUAAACCAUUAUUCAGAGAUGGUGACGGGAUGGCUCUUUUAAAUCCGCGUUACCAGCGAAGUCUUUAGAUACCAAUGCAAGCAGAUAUCAAGAUAUUACGACAAUGAUACCGAGGUCGCGAAAAUGACAAUAUGUAUUUCUUGUUUGGGGCUAAGUUGAUGAAUUAAUUCUUUGAAGCCUGAAUAUAUUGAAGGCAAAAUAGUACAUUUCAGUAAAAGUAUAUUCCACAGACGAAUAUACAGUUGUACGGUUACAAUGAUAAUGUGAAAGUUUCUGAUAGGAGUUCAUGAUUCAUGAGUUUGAUA